GCCGGGGCGAGGCGCGGGACCGGGCGCGGGCGCGGGGGCGGGGCGCGGCGCGAGUAGAGGUUGCGGCGCGUACCGCGGUUGGGGUGCCGGUGUCGUUCCUGCCUUCGUGAACGGCAACGGUUUCGCCCACGCGGAGACGGUGGGCACCGGAGCCGGUACGAAAGCCGGUUUCGGCGCGCGGGGCGCCGAAGUCUUUGGGCCAGCGGUUUUAGGGGGCGCGUUUGCCGGGCGCUUCCGUGGAGCCUUGGGGCAUCCACGGUAGUUGGCCGUGUGUCCCUGCUUGCGGCAGAGUACACAGCUCGGCGGCUCCGUCGCUGUCUCCUUUACGCGCGAGCAAUCGGUGGUCGCGUGAUCGUCUAAGCACUUCACGCAACGCGGUCGCGCGUUGCAGUUACGCGCGGAGUGGCCAUAGAGUUGGCAACGGUGGCACUGCCCGGGAGUGCCGCGUUUGUAGGGGGCCUCUACGGUGACCCCCGAUAGGCCGCACACGGUGCGGAGACAUGAGGCAAUUUUCUUGCCCUCCGGUGUGGCUUCUAGUGCUACGAGCACCAUAUCAUACGCGAAUUUGUCGCGCCCGCUGUGCAUCCGGUGCACACUUAUGACGGGGUAGGACUGACCUACCAGGUCAUUCUUAAUUUGCUCGACGUCGAGCUCUUUGGGGACUCCGCGUAUUACGACGCGGAGUUCACGCUCCUCCUGGAGCGCAUAGGUAUGAUACCCUAUGCGUUCCUUGCGGAGGUACGCGGUCAACGACCUAUGGUCGUCGGAUGUUUCAACCUUGAUCUGAAUUCCAUGCGGGAUAUUCCUCGCAUGGACGACAUUGAUCUUUUGGGCCUUAAGGGCCAGGGACACGCGAUCCCAAGAAGACUUUUCCCGCAGGAUGACCGGCGGCGGCGCGGGAACUUUUCGGACGGGCGCGGGCCCGGGGCGCGGCGACGGGGUUGCACGGCGAGGGGAGUCCGGGGUUAUGACGGUCUUCGGCCGCGAGGCGUUCGCGGCCUUGGGUUGUUUGGGCGCCGUGGGCGGAUCCACAGCGCGGGCGCGUUUUUUGCCGCGCGCGACGGUGGUGAACCCUUCCGAGGUUCCGGGUUCGGGGCUGGCGGCCGACUCGAACUCCAUCUCCGACUCGGAGUCGGAGCCGGAGCUCGAUGCCGCGCAAGACGCGAUCGACGCAGGCGCGGGGGUGGGGGGCGACAUCGGCGAGUCGCGAGGUACCGGCGCGGGGGGCGACAACGGAGAGUCGCGGAGUGCCGGCGCGUCAAGGCCGGCCUUGUAAACUUCGAACCUUGCGACUAUGUCCGGACAGAAGUCGCGGACGAACUUGAUGAAUAGCGCAGCGUUGGUGUCACUCAUGGUGACGUGUGCCCGGGGGGGGCGUCCCCGGGACUUAAAGCAAACUCGCCGAAAGGCGAGUCCCCUGAGUGGGAGUUAUACCCCCUGCGCUGUGCCAGCAACAAGGGGGGGAGUGCCUUUGCCGUGAAAACGGCAGUCGGCUGGGAAUUGGGGUGGAAAGUUGGGAAGGUGGGGCUCCACUGGGUUGUGAGAAUGCCACAACAAGCGGUGAUCUCAGUGGAGUUUUAGUCUCGAAAGAGACUGUUUUGCUCGCCGAAUAUAUAAAUGAAUUUAAUAUAUGAAAUGGAUGGGUGAUAAUGAGUUGGCGUUACGAGUGCACAACAACAAGCUCGAACUGUUUUUGGGAUUCAAGGUCGCGACGCCAGCGACAGCGCGUUGAGAAUGCACAACAAUGUCGCGAUCUAUGCGACAACGACAAUGUCGGGCAACUCACAACUCACGUUCGCGACGGCAGCGACAAUUUUUCUCAAAAACGCGUCCGGACCAAAUGGUGUUGCAAUCG